AUGGAAUUCCUUCAAGGCAGCCAGUACAGAGCAAAGUCUGAGUUCGAAAGGAUUGUUCUAAGAGAAUUAAAGGCUGUGAGAAAGCUACUAGAAGAGCAAAGAGAUAGGUCACAGCUGAACGAGGAAAAUGCUGAAGAUUCACUGUCUGAGGAGCAAGCACUCCAGAGAGCUCUAAUCAAGGAAGUGGAGAUGAGAAUGCAGAGGAGGAAAGGACAGAAGAUAAUGAAUGAUGGUUGCCAAUGGAGAAAAUAUGGACAGAAAAUAGCAAAAGGGAAUCCAUGUCCCCGAGCAUACUAUNGGUGCACUGUUUCUCCAUCCUGUCCUGUGAAAAAACAGGUUCAAAGAUGUGCUGAAGACAUGUCAAUCUUGGUUAGCACCUACGAAGGAACUCACAACCACCCUCUUCCUACUUCAGCCACGACCAUAGCCUACACAACUUCUGCUGCUGCUUCCAUGCUUCAAUCUCCUUCAUUGACCACACAACUAGGACUAGUCAAUUCAGAUACUGUCCCUCUCCUCAGUUCUAAUAAUGUUCUUUAUAACCUUAAUGCCCUAAACUUCACAUCAAGCUAUCACCACGUUUCAAAAUCACCACACUUAUUCUUAUGA